AUGCUGCACGAUGAUGGCGUCAGAUCUCGCAAAGCUGCCAUGUGCCGCUUCCUUGUAUACAAAGGCAGAAGCGAGAUUCUCCUGAGCAAAUUGGUGACAGAGCCCAGUCAUUCAAUCUUGACACAGUCCUAUGACUCACGGCUAAGAUUGGACACACGCCGUCCUGUGAACGGUGAUGGCUUCGGGGUAGGCUUUUACCCAGACCCAAAGCUUGGGCCAGAGCCAUGCAUUUUCACAUCAACGCUGCCAGCUUGGAACUGCGAGAAUCUGGAGCGCUUGGCAAGCAAAACCUGCUCCAAUCUAAUCUUUGCGCAUGUCCGAGCAACAACAGAAGGCACAUUGGCCGACAACAACUGCCACCCUUUCCAGCACAACUCGCUGAUGUGGAUGCACAAUGGCAAUCUCGGCGGCUGGAAAUACAUCAAGCGGCCACUCGGCGAAUUACUGAGUGAUAAGUGGUACCUUGGUGUCAAGGGCGGCACUGAUAGCGAAUGGGCAUUUGCUCUCUUUCUGCAUCUAAUGGAGCAAGAAGGCGGUGUUGAUCCCAGUUCUGACCCGGGUCCUGAUGGCUUUGGUCAAGCGCUUUUGCGACAGACAAUGUUCAAGACGAUUGCGAAGAUAAACGAGCUCAUUCGUCAAAUCCCCGAAAAGUACAAAGUGUCUGACCUCGAGACGAGGAGUUUGCUCAACUUUGCCGUGACUGAUGGUCACACCGUGAUUUGUACUCGAUACGUCAGCAGCAAGACUGAUGAGCCGGCGAGUCUGUAUUUCUCGUCUGGCACCAAGUGGAAGGAGGGCAAGAAAGAGGGCCAUUUUAAAAUGGAGCGUCACGACAAGGGAGCCGAUAUUGUUCUCGUGGCUAGUGAGCCUAUUACCUUUGAAAGGCAUAACUGGGUCACGGUUCCGACCAACUCAAUCUUGACAAUACAUAAACAAACUGUCUUGUUGCAUCCGAUCCUGGACGAAUUCUACAAUGAUGACCCAAAUCAUGAUCGUUCGUCCGUCUACGCUCUGUCUAAAGGCCUGGCGCCUCCAGCAGUUGUGACGCCGAAGAAGAACUCCGCCAAAAUCACCAAUGGAUCGGCGAAGCUUGAUUCGUUGGCGCAGAAUGUUACGCAGUUAGAACUGGCAUCGUAA